AUGGGAGGCAAGCUCAGCAAAAAGAAGAAGGGAUACAAUGUAAACGAUGAGAAGGCCAAGGACAAGGAUGCCAAACCAGAGGGCGCAACAGCCGAGGAGAGCGAACCUCAGAACGACAAAAAGGACGAGGCCCCUGCUCCCGCCGAGACCACCGAGGUAGCUAAUGACACAAAGGAUGUGCCCGCAGCCAAUACCACGACGACCAAGGAGGAAGAAAAGGGUGCCUCCCCUCCCGCCAAGGAGCCGGAAAAACCUGCAGCGGAGCCCAAAGCGGAGGUGUCUAAGGCUGCGGAAGUCACCGACCCUGCCCCCAAAGCCAAGGAGAAACCAGCCGCCCCUGCGAAAGAGCCAGCCCCCUCCACUAAGGAAGCCGCCCAAGCUCCAGAGGUCAAGGCCCAGGCGCCUGCACCACCCGCAGCCCAGGCUGAAAGCAAAGACGAGGCCGACGCUAAAAAGACUGAGGCCCCGGCAGCACCAGCGGCUAAAGCCGAGGCGGCCCCUGUUGCCGCUGCCCCCCAGGCCAAGCCCACAGAAGCAGCAGCGGCAGCCCCGGCCAAGGAGGCCCCAGCUGCUAGUUCAACAGCAGCACCACUGGCUGCCACUGAGCCCGCUGCACUGGUCAAGGAGGCCAAUGCCACAGAGGCCCCAGUUCCAAGCAAGGAUCAAACCAUAGAAGUUCAAGAUUAA